AAGACCCCUCAGGCUCUACUCUACUCUACCCUCUUCUCUUCUCCUCUGUUUUCUGCCCACUUCACUGUCCAGCACCAUGCCAGUGAUGAUGACGAUUGGAGCCGCAAUGAGGUAAUGGCUACACUGUGCUGGUUCAGCCAGACUGUCUACUGGAAACAAUGUCUGUCAGUUUAGCCAUGGCCCUGUCCUGGUUCAGUGGUUCAUCUAAAAUCUCAUUACCUGGCUGUUUUCGGUGUCCUCCCUCAUUGAAUAUUAUGUCCUAGUGACUUUUAACCUGGUCAGCUGGUCCUCAGACUCACCUGUAAGACCACUUGUUGCUGGUAGAUCUGGUGAAGGGGUUCCCAUGUUUACCACAGGGUUACAGCAGCUAGAUGUCUGUACCAGUCCUGGAUUUGCAUUUAGUCUACUGCAGGGUUAAAUGGGUUAGCUAGAUGUCUGCCUACAGGGACAGGCAAACAACAGUGACCCCACUUAGACCGUCUGCUUUCUUGUUUUCCAAUCGAAUUUGCCCCACAGGGAUCUCGUGUGUGUGUGUGUGUGUGUGUGUGUGUGAGCGAGAGAGGGAGAGAAUGUAAUGUGCACACAUUACAGCAACAAUUGCACAUGGUUACAAUGUUAUGUAACAUAGGACUGUACUAGAACCUGUCAGAAUGUUGGAAGUAGGGGUAUAGCUUUGUGAGCAGUAAAACGUAUAUACCGGCUCUGCAUCAUGCUAAAACUGUUGAAUAGAAGGUCUGGAAUACAUUUUUGAUACCAGACCAAGAGCAGAUCUUAACCAACUAUCAUGACAAAAAAUAAUACCAAUCUAGCAUUAGCAAACACAUUCAGCGGCUCUAAGUUGCCAUACCUCCACUGUUAUGUUGCUGGGGGAGGUAGCAUGUUAGGUAGAGGUGACAUAAUGACAUUUGAAUGACUACAUGUUUCUUCUCUCGUCUUACAGCAUCAGUGUGGUGAUUGGCGCUCCCAAGGCCAAUACCAGCCAGCUCAACAUCACAGAGGGCGGGUCCGUGUACUACUGCCCAUGGAGUCUCGGCCAAUCUGAGUGCCACAACAUUGAAUUUGACAAUCAAGGUAAGACCCAAUGUGACCUCAUUGCUUUAGGUCUUGAUCACGCCUUCUUGCUCUAGCAGUCUGAACAUGUUAUGAAUUACAUUGACUUAUCCACUCACAAAUGGUUGAAGCACUAACGUUAUAGUUUGAGUCAAACAUCACAGCAGAAUGCCAGCUGUCCUUUUCACCCGCUGUCCCUGCUCUCAGCUUCCUGUAACAUAAACCUCUCAUCCACUCCUCUCUUUUUAUUGUCUUGAAUGGUGACUGGAGCUUGAGAACUGGAGAUUUUAGAGGAUGUUUUAAGCACUUUUUAAAGCCACUGCUCCAUGGCCUCCAAGCUACUGUGGCCGGCAGGUGAUCAUGUGGCACUGUUCUACUUCACUGAUCCUUUGUUUGACAUGUUGGUUCCUGGAAACUAGAUGCACACACACAAACCCACACACUACAUAUGCACACACACACACAAUACACACACGCAUACCGACAACACAAACACACACACAUACACAUGCGCGCACACAUACUUUUACGCUCAUCAUAUGCUGCUGCUACUCUGCUGUUCUUUAUUUUACUCUUAUUAUUAUCUAUCCUGAUGCCUAGUCACUUUACCAUGCCUUCAUGUACAUACAGUGCAUUCUAAAUUAUUCAGACUCCUUGACUUUUUUCACAUUUUGUUACAUUACAGCCUUAUUUUAACAUUGAUUCUGUUUUUUUCCCCCUCAACAAUCUACAUACAAUACCCCAUAAUGACAAAGCAAAAACAGGUUUUUAGAACGUUUUGCAUAUUUAUAAAAAAUUAAAAACGGAAAUAUCACAUUUACAUAAGUAUUCAGACCCUUUACUCAGUACUUUGUUGAAGCACCUUUGGCAGCGAUUACAGCCUUGAUUCUUCUUGGUAUUACGCUACAAUCUUGGCACACCUGUAUUUGGGGAGUUUCUCUCAUUCUUCUCUGCAGAUCCUCUCAAGUUCUGUCAGGUUGGAUGGGAAGCGUUGCUGCACAGCUAUUUUCAGUUCUCUCCAGAGAUGUUCGAUCAGGUUCAAGUCCGUGCUCUGGCUGGGCCACUCAAGGACAUUCAGAAACUUGUCCCGAAGCCACUCCUGCGUUGUCUUGGCUGUGUGCUUAGAGUCGUUGUCUUGUUGGAAGGUAAACCUUCACCCCAGUCUGAGGUCCUGAGCGCUCUGGAGCAGGUUUUCAUCAAGGAUCUCUCUGUACUUUACUCCAAUCAUCUUUCCCUCGAUCCUGACUAGUCUCCCAGUCCCUGCCGCUGAAAAACAUCCCCACAGCAUGAUGCUGCCACCACCAUGCUUCACCGUAGGGAUGGUGCCAGGUUUCCUCCAGACGUGAUGCUUGGCAUUCAGGCCAAAGAGUUCAUUCUUGGUUUCAUCAGACCAGAGAAUCUUGUUUCUCAUGGUCUGAGAGUCUUUAGGAGCCUUUUGGCAAACUCCAAGUGGGCUGUCAUGUGCCUUUUACUGAGGAGUGGCUUCCAUCUGGCCACUCUACCAUAAAAGCCUGAUUGGUGGAGUGCUGCAGAGAUGGUUGUCCUUCUGGAAGGUUCCCCCAUCUCCACAGAGGAACUCUGGAGCUCAGUCAGAGUGACCAUCGGGUUCUUGGUCACCUCCCUUACCAAGGCCCUUCUCCCCCGAUUGCUCAGAUUGGCCGGGCGGCCAGCUCUAGGAAGAAUCUUGGUAGUUCCAAACUUCUUCCAUUUAAGAAUGAUGGAGGCCACUGUGUUCUUGGGGACCUUCAAUGCUGCAGACAUUUUUUUGUACCCAUCCCCAGAUCUGUGCCUCGACACAAUCCUGUCUCGGAGCUCUACGGACAAUUCCUUCGACCUCAUGUCUUGUUUUUUUCUCUGACAUGCACUGUCAAAUGUGAAACCUUAUAUAGACAGGUGUGUGCCUUUCCAACAAUCAUGUCCAAUCAAUUGAAUUUACCACUGGUGGACACCAAUCAAGUUGUAGAAACAUCUCAAGGAUGAUCAAUGGAAACAGGAUGCACCUGAGCUCAAUUUCGAGUCUCAGAGCAAAGGGUCUGAAUGCUUAUGUAAAUGUGUUUCAGUUUUUUAUUUCUAAAAACCAGUUUUCGCUUUGUCAUUAUGGGAUAUUGUGUGUAGAUUGAUGAGGAAUAACAUUAAUUUAAUCCAUUUUAGAAUAAGGCUGUAACGUAGCAAAAUGUGGAAAAAAAUCAAAGGGUCUGAAUACUUUCUGAAGGCACUGUAUCCACCUCAAAUACCUCAUACCUCUGCACAUUGAUCUGGUACUGGUACUCCCCAUAUAUAGCUCCAUUCUUGUGUAUUUUAUUCCUCUUGUGUUACUAUGUUUAUUUUUUAUAAUAUAUAUAUCAUUGGGAAGGGCUCGUAAGCAACCAUUUCACGGUUAAGUCUACGCCCGUUGUAUUCGGCAAAUGUGACAAUUGUUUUUAUUUCAUUUGAUCCCUUUGAGCAUGUCAUUAGUGUCUUUCUUUUCGGGACAAAAGGAAUAAUGGGAAUGUUUUAGACAAUGGUAUCUUCCCUUUAGGCUAGAUACAGUAUGUGUUCUGUCUCAGCCCCUGGGCAUAUAGGCAGAGCAAAUAAACAGUUGAAACAAAAGAAAAGGCCACUACAUACAAUGACAAUAAAUACAAUGUUAUAUUUGUUCUCACCAAAGAGCUUCAUUUGAAUCUGAAUGUAAAAGGUAGACCUACAGUAAACGGUCCGGGUUUAUGGCUCAAUUAUUGUGAGCUCUUCAGAGAAGUGGAGCAGUGUUCCAGUGUCUGGACAGCUGAAGGACCCAUCGACAUUUACAGGAAUGAGGAAAGAGUAAGUUAAGGAGUGACAGAAUUGUAGGAGAGAAGAAUCUGCUGUGUAUUGCGUAAAUUAGAUUGUUCUCUUCCUCUGGCGCGCACACACACAAAGACAGUGGUAUGUGUGUGUGUGCUCCCUAUUGAGUGCAGCGGGGGACUGUUGGCUUGUUUCCUGGGAAAUCAAAGAGAACAGUGCUGAGAGCCAGGGCUGAUUUGCUGGCCAUAAGGCACAUUAGUGGAGAAAUAUUCCACUGGAGCAGAUUUCUGCUUUCACAAGCCCCGUUUAACAGCAGAUGGCCAGGAAUCCAACUGCUGGUUGCUGAUUUCUUCAGUUUUUGUGCCCUUUUCUCUUAGAACAGAUUAGAACAUGUGUUGCACAUCCUUGGAUGCUGGCUGAGGGCCAUGAUUGUCACAGCGAUGUAAUGUGCAGCAAGCAGCAGGGCGUUGGGGUGAAGGAUAGUCCCUUGGGGUUUUGGACAGUGUGUCCUUCAUUUUACUUAAUGGGCUUUGAAGGCGCACAUUUGAUUUGUGAGGAAGAGCCAAUUCCGCCAUCUGGGCCGGCAUACAAGAACAUAGCACCUCUGUCUGUAUGACAAAGGAAAUAUGUUUUCCUUAUUUGGUUAUGACAUGGCUAGAGCUCAGCUAACUGUGGUAGAUAUUAUACCGGUAAUGUAUUAGUAUUGACCCUUUAUAUGAGAGGUGUGUCUGUUUUUGUGACAUUAUUCAGGGAUCCCCUGAGUGUGGGUGAGGUCUUCCCUGAGCCUGACCAAGAGGCCUCCCCCUCCACUUCCCCUGCCAAUGCGAUAAGAAGAGACAGCCCAGGGAUCUGAGGGAGGGAGAGAGGGACAGGGGGAAAUCAGAGCCCUGUCUCCAUCUCUGAACAAUCUUCCCCUACCACCAGUAACUCCCCCAGGGCCAGCUAAUGUGAUGAGUGAAUUUGGCCAUUUGACUCUGACCGCACUCUAACCCAGGAUACUCCUCUAAUGGGUCUCCUCUCGCAAAGUUCAAAGGGGAGAGUCUGUGGACACACUCCAGACCCCACCCCACCCCUCUGCUGUCCUGUCCCAGGAGAGAGAGGGGUAGAUGGGCUCUAGUCACAUCAACACUCCUACCAAAGUCUACCCAAGUUCACUGAAAGGACGUUACAUGACAUGUUAUUGCCACAAGCGUCUGCUGGGUUUUUCUCUCUCUUGUUUGUAUCAAAGCCUUGUUUGUCUGGCUUGUACUGCCUCUUAACCUACUGAUCUUUUCAUCUUUCCAUCCGUCACACUGUAUGAACGCCAAUGUAGCGUCUCUGACAUGGACAAUAAGAGCAGUGACAGACACGGAGCUCAGAGCACAGCAGCUCAGUGAGAAGUGAAGUUAGAGAACACCCCAAAGUCAGUUCUGUAUGGAGUUAAGACUCUGAUAGUCUUGGGCUCUGAACAUAGCGAUUAUGUCAUUGACAUAACUGUAGAGAUGUCAUUUUCUGUUUUACCAUGACCAGGUGGUCGAGAAGAAUCUGUCUACUAUAGUUCUGAAACGUGAAUAAUAGAUGGCUUUCCCUGCUGAUACUCAUGGUUUCCGGGGUAGUGUGUCCCAAAUACACAGUCCUGUUUGGCUUGCAUGUCACCUCAGUGUCACCCCCUCACUUUAUCAAAACAAAUGCCCCUGAGUUAUGAAAAUAGGAGGAAAGCAUACUUUAGGGAGAGGGACUGGGAAGUAUGUAGUGCAGAUUAUUGCAGUGCAGUUAAAGAAACAAGCCUCUUAGAUAUUUUUAAUGUGUUAGGCAUGUUAUUUGUGGUAUUGCUAAAGCGUGUCUUUCCCCACACGAUGGAGGUGCACACAUGUAUUACGGUAGGGAACAGGGGUGCUGUGAGCCCAUGAGUAAUGCUGGAGGGGAAGCCUGGUGAUGGGGAUACGGUAAAUCUACUGUGAUGUUAUUAAAGGACCCUAAUCCCCACUGCUUUCCUUCCAGGCCAGGGGGAGGCCAGGGGGAGACCAGGGGGAGACCAGGGGGAGACCAGGGGGAGGCCAGGGGGAGACCAGGGGGAGGCCAGGGGGAGAACAAACCCCCUGAGAGAAGGAUGAAGAGAAGGGGAAGAAAAAGGGACAGAGAGAACGAGAGAGUGAUGGACAAAGGGAUGAAGAGAAAGGGGAGGUGGAGAGGGAAUGCAUGCGAGAGAGAUGCAUGCCUGAGAGGUUGCUAGGAAGAAACAGAGCCAGAGCGUUUGUUUUCCUUGGACACAGUCCCCCUCCUCUUUCCUUCCUUCCUUCCUUCCUUCCUUCCUUCCUUCCUUCCUUCCUUCCUUCCUUCCUUCCUUCCUUCCUUCCUUCCUUCCUUCCACCAAGACACGGAGAAGAGCAGGCCCUCACCCAGAGCUCAGGGCUGGCGUGGAGGAGGCGGCUGACACACAGCCUGCUUUCUUCACAUCCACAGGUCACAACCUCUGGCUCACACCAACAGGCCCCCUUCCCCGACAGAUAGAUACGGCUCUGUUGCAACACUUGUGGUUUAGCUAUCAAGAAUGCUGGGUACAAGUUCCACUGGAUACGUCUUGUUGUCCGAAUUCCAAGCGUUUAGAAUACUUGUUAAAGGAUGUUUCACGGUAUGUGAACUGUAUAAACCGAUCUGUUUGGAUUUCGUUUCUCACCACGCCAACACAGAUGUUGCAUCAGUCUUGCCAAUAAAACGUCCUGUUUGAACCUGUUUGAACCUGACUCCUCAGGCCAUCUGUCUUGUCACUUGCUCCUGUCCUGUCACAGAGGCUGCGUCUCUGGUCAAGAGUAGUGCGCUAUAUAGGGAAUAUGGUGCCAUUUCGGUCUCAGACAGACAGCGAUGGAGUAGAACUCUGGGUUACAGGCCAGGUGGCCAAACAGAGCCAGGGUCAGUGUGGUCACCCAGGGCCAGAGAACUCAGGUUGACAUCUGAACAGUGAGGACCAGAGCCAUAAUGAGGGAUAUAAGGCUCUGUUGAGCACCAAAUACCUUCUAGUUUUCCUAGAUGUUUCUCUCUGGAAGGUUCUUCAUGAGAAACUUGAUGUGUGUUUGUGUUUAAUGAUGCAGUAUGUAAGUCCUGUAGUAACAGAUGUUUGGAUGACGUUGUCUGGAGCCUCCAGGAGAAGAACUACAAUGAUUAAUUAGGGGCUUUUUUCAGUCAUCACUCAGUUUAGUUGUUGUUUUGUCUUCUUCCCAGGGGACCGCAAAGUCACUCUCAAUGACAUAGACUACCAGGCUGAAGUCAAGUCCCACCAGUGGUUCGGCGCCACCGUCCGUUCCCACGGAGACACCAUUCUGGUAAGACGACACUCAGAGACUGAGACGGAGUGGAGAAAGUCAGUUUCCUUUCAACUUUGGUCUCUAUAGCUCAGAGUCCCUCAACUGUUAUGAUGUCUGUCUUUCAUGUCAAGGGGUUGUAUAUGUUCAUUGUUCAAAGUUUGUCUUAAAGGUCUUUGUCUAUCGGUUUGUUGUGACUCUAUUCCAAUUUUCACCUCCACUGUGUCUCUCAGAGGAGAAGUGUUUUGUGCUCCUGUGACACUGAAGUUUAGACGCCUGUAGUUUUUUUUUCUGAUUGUGAGGGACAUGACCUGGAUUUGGUUAUGUUGUUACUUUGCUUCAGAUGUAACAUUAACCUCUCUCUGGGUCUCCAUCGAGUUAAACAGGGUGUUGUUGUAACUGAAAAAACAACUCCCACCUCUACCCCCUCCCACCCCUUCUAUAGGCCUGCGCCCCCCUCUACUCCUGGAGAACCAAAAAAGACAUGCCCCAGUCAGAUGCCACAGGAACCUGCUACCUCUCUGUCAAGAACUUCACCAAGUUUGUGGAAUAUGCUCCCUGUCGCACAGGUAAUCCUUUUUUGUUUUUCACAAAGACAUCUUUCUAAUGCUCUUCUCUGCCGACCGACUACCCCACUACCCCACACUACAGGUGACUCCUGUGGCCUACCUCUGACUCAGCAGCUGUCCACACAGCAGGCUAUUAUACAGGGGUUAAGUGCUGUGCCUGAAGGCCACAACAGAAGGCAUGUAUAUAGUCUCAAGUACCCCUACUGAGUAACCACUUCCAGAGACAUCACACACUAGCUGUGGAGAAAGAAUGUACCUUCAUCAGAUGCAGUCAAUCAUGUUAGCCCGUAUUGACCAAGUGUAUCCCUAUUGCUGGUAAUGACUGGCUGGCUUGGUUCUGUUCACAAUACCCAGUUGAGCCAUCACGUCAAGGUUCAAAAAUAUUUCUAAAAUAUCUGCAUUCUAAAGUAUUGGUUUAAUGUGAGGAAAUUUAUGGAUCUUUAAAAAUGCUUUUUGAAAUCGGAAACAUUCCUGUCUAAAACUGAUUUAUGAACCUCUACCUCUGUUUAUUUCAGAAUUCAUUAACGAGGGUGGUCAGGGCUACUGUCAGGGGGGAUUCAGUGCUGAUUUCACCAAGGUAAGACUCCUAAACACUUCUUCUCAGUUCAGUACCAGAGCUUUAUCAAAUACUAUGGAUUGCAAACACACAUGAUCUCUCUCAUGAUUCUGACUUACUCUCGCUGUUGCUCUCAGGAUGGGAAAGUGGUACUUGGAGGACCAGGCAGCUUCUUCUGGCAAGGUACAGGGUUUGACAACCCCCCCCUGGACCACAACCAAAUAAGUUGUAGCAGUAUUCUGAAGUUAAUUGUGUGAAACCUGAGGGAAACUUUCCAUUCACUUCCUGCUUCUCCUCAGGUCAGGUGAUCUCAGCAGCCAAAGAGGAGAUAAUCAAGGCUUACUACCCAGGGUACUUCAUGCAGUCUGUGGAGGGACAGACCCAGACCAGACAGGCUCAGAUCAAAUAUGACGACAGCUACCACGGUACAACUUUCCUUUCUCGUAAUUCUAUCACUCUCCUGAUCCCCUUGCUUUUUACAAAUGCUGGUUUCCUGUGUAGGCUACUUGAGCCUGAGAGCUAUGAUUUGGAAACGUCACCACAAUCCCUCUGACCUCUGAUAAAAGGUGGAUAGAUGCAGAAUUGUUCAAAGUACAUGCCUUUAUCCAUAGAUUACGCUUUAAGAGUAAUGGAGGUCUAUGGGUUCUGAAUGCUUGAUAUCAUAUGACUAAUGUUUGCUCUCUCUUGCGGCCUUGCAGGUUACUCUGUUGCGGUUGGGGAAUUCAGUGGAGAUGACGUGGAAGGUAAAGACAUCUGUACCACAGACUUCCACAGGCCUGGCUGCACGUCAGACAGCCAUUAAAGGGUUCAGAAUGUUUACUAUACCUGAAGUGAACUCAAACUGAACUCACCUACACGAUUCUGUCCUGCUACUAAGCUUGAAAGACUGCGAUCGCUGGAGUUCCAGACGGCUAUGACCUUUGUGAUAUUUCCCCUCCUAAAUCUUCCCUUUUUUUCUCUGUUUUCCCCCUGUCUGUGCACCUCUCAGAUGUUGUGGCUGGGGUCCCAAAAGGGGUCAUGCUCUAUGGUUUGGUAAGAAAACCUCAUCACCGUAUAGUGUAUAUCGUAACACAGGCCUAAUACACUAUACAUAUGUUGGACCUCAGGGAUUUUGACCAUAUGUUCUCUGUGUGUGUCUGCUCUCUGCAGGUGUCUAUUUUAAAUGCCACUGAUCUGAAGUCCAUGCUCAACUACACUGGCGAACAGGUGAGCCAAAAACCUAAUCUCAAACUCGAAACGUUUUUUUCAGACAGACUCUGCGGUUCCAUAACUAGCUGUUUCUGUUUCUCGUGGCAACUCUUAAUUUCCUUAGUCAGGAACACUGAUGAUAUAAGUAUAAUCAUUUCCUUUACAAGUUUCUGUUAACUGGGUUUCAAGCCAUCUGUGGUUUGCUGUAAAGCAUAAUUAUUGAAGUUAAAGUGCAGAAGCAAUUUUCUCCAAAUGAGCAGCAUGAUUCUUUCUGCAAAUGGAAUGGAAAUAGCGUGAGCCCCUUUUAAUGGUGCUGAUUGGUUCAGCUGAAUAAAUAAAAUCAUAAGUGUAUUUGCUUACCCUGGGAGUCUGGGAAUUAAGCUGUUUCUGUGUCUUUGCUACUUCAGAUAAAAAUGUGUUAUACAGACAUGACAAAAAAGACUAACAUGCUGACCAGACCACGCAUGCGCAUGCGUCUGUGUGCGCAUAUUGAUUUUGUCCACCCACACCAGACGCGAUCAGGACACGCAGGUUGAAAUAUCAAAACAAACUCUGAACCAACUAUAUUAACUUCGGGACAGGUCGAAAACCAUUACACAUGUAUGGCAAUUUAGCUAGCUAGCUUGCUGUUGCUAGCUAAUUUGUCCUGGGAUAUAAACAUUGGGUCGUUAUUUUACCUGAAAUGCACAAGGUCCUCUACUCCAACAAUUAAUCCACAGCUAAAAGGGUAAACCGAGUGAGUUUCUAGGUCUCUCCUCCUUCAGGCUUCUUCUUCUUCUUUGGACUUGAUAUGUCGGUUGGCAACCAAUUUUAAGCGCAUUACCACCACCAACUGGUCUGGAGUGUGGACUUCCGUUCAUCCUUCGAUCACCCACGUGGGUAUAUGCUCCUAAAAACCAAUGAGGAGAUGGGAGAGGCGGGACUUGCAGUGCAUUAAGCGUCACAAAUAGAACCAAGUUCUAUUUUAACGCCUGGCUACGCAGACGCUCGUUGAAGCGCAUGAGCAGUGUGGGUGCAAUGAUUGAAUAACAUGUAUGUGUACAUUUAUUUUGCAUCGCGGGUGGUCUGGUCAGCCUGUAACAAAAACAGCUUAAAGUUAGACCAAGCAAGCACCAUCACUUUUCAUUGACCAUCUCGUCUCUUCUACAGGAUCUCUCUUAAUUCAAGUAGAUUCACUGUCAUUAAUGUUAAAGUCCCUUUGCUUAAAAGCAGCUUUUCUAUUUUGAGCCUUUUUGAACUCAGAUAGAUAGUGAUGUUCUAGAAAUGUGACAUGAUGCACUCUGCUGAUGUUUUUCUCAGAUGGGCUCCUAUUUUGGGUAUACUGUGGCCACUGCCGACAUCAAUAACGACGGGUGAGUUCUCUAAGAGUCGAAAACAUUCUAAUGAAACAUUCUCAUACAGUAUGUUCUCACCCAUGAGCUGGGUGGUGGCAAGAUUGAAUUUAUCCAACAAUGUUAUGGGACAUUUGUGACCACAAAUGUUAUGGGAAAACUCAGUCAACAUCAAUAAUGAAGGGUGAGUAGGAGUCAGUUCUCACACAGCUAAAAUAGUGGCGUUCUCACCCUUUUUAAUGACAUGGGUGGUGGCGAAAGUGGUUUUCUGACCAAUGACUACUUUUGUGGGAAAUCUCUGUCUUUUGUGUCUGUACUAGGGUUGAGAAAUUGCUUUGAAAGAAUCCAGAAAUUCCCAGAUUUCUCGAAAACCUGGGAAUUUUAGGAGAGCUUCUUGAAUUUGCCACAUUAGUCUGUACAAUGUAUAUGUCUGUGACCGUGUGUUUCUCUCUCCUCCCCUCAGCAUGUCUGACCUGUUGGUGGGAGCUCCCAUGUACAUGACCCGAGGGUCAGACAGCCGCCUGGAGGAGGUGGGCCGUGUGUACCUCUAUCUGCAGCGUCGUCCCCUGGACCUGGAGCCAACUCUCAACCUGACCGGGACACAGGUGUUCGGGAGGUUUGGCAGCACCAUCGCACCUCUGGGAGACCUCAACCAGGACGGAUACAAUGGUGAGAGGUGUGGUGGUAAUACUGGGGCUUUAAGGGACAGAAAAGUGAAACUUUCUCUCUUAUGGUCCUCUGUAGCUCAGCUGGUAGAGCACGGCGCUUGUAACGCUAAGGUAGUGGGUUCGAUCCCCGGGACCACCCAUACACAAAAAAAAUGUAUGCACGCAUGACUGUAAGUCGCUUUGGAUAAAAGCGUCUGCUAAAUGGCAUAUUAUUAUUUAUUAUUAUUAUGGACCGUUCGUGUGUCAGGUUAUUGGUUUUGAGACUACUACAUGUAGUUUUUGUUGGUCUCAUGUAGUUCAUGAAAAGUCCUAGUAGUCUGUAAAGUUCUGAGUGAUCUCACGGUCUUCUCCUGCUCUCUCUUCUCUGAUUGGUAGAUGUGGCCAUCAGCUGUCCGUUCGGUGGAGAGGACCAGCAGGGAUUGGUUCUCAUCUACAACGGAUUCGCCGGUGGGCUCAGGGACAUGCCCUCUCAGGUCAUAGCUGGCCAAUGGGCUUCAGGCACAGUGCCCGCCAGCUUUGGAUUCGCACUCCGAGGGGCUAAGGAUCUGGACAUGAAUGGCUACCCAGGUGAGUGACAAGACCAGUGCUUUUAAAAACAUCUCUCAUAGUGCUGAGUGUGCUUAUACUGUGUACUUGUUGUUUACUUGUAGUCCAUGAACUAGAAAUGUCUUUUCACAACAGAUCUUAUUGUUGGUGCUUUUGGAGUUGACAAGGCAAUUUUGUACAGGUAAUUUCAUUUCACUCAUAACCUUCUAUAUCUGUCAAACUAUUGAGGGAUUUUUUAUAAGUGUUGAGUUAAGAGGUUUACCCAAAGGUGUGCCUGUAUCAUAUGUAACUUCGGCCUCUACUCCCAUCUAUUGUACCACAGAUCCCGGCCCAUCGUCAGCACCAGUGCCUCCUUGACCGUCUACCCCACAAUGAUCAACCCUGAGGAGAAGAGUUGUUCAGUCAAUAACGGCAACACCACCAUACCUGUCUCCUGGUAAGCACUGCAUCAUACCUGUCUCCUGAUAAGUAAUGCAUCAUACCGGUCUCCUGGUAAGCACUGCAUCAUACCGGUCUCCUGGUAAGUACUGCAUCAUACCGGUCUCCUGGUAAGUACUGCAUCAUACCGGUCUCCUGGUAAGUACUGCAUCAUACCGGUCUCCUGGUAAGUACUGCAUCAUACCGGUCUCCUGGUAAGUACGGCAUCAUACCUGUGUCAUGUUGAGUACUUGUCUAGUCUCCAGGGCCUGUAUUAUAAAGUGUCUCAGAGUAGGAGUGCUGAUCUAGGAUCAGGUCCCCCUGUCCAUGUUAUCUUAUUCAUUAUGAUUUAAAAGGGUAAACUGAUCCUAGAUCAGCACCCCCUACUCUAAGACUGCUUGUGAAUACAGACCCAGACUCCAUUAUCUAAGGGGGUUGUGGUCUAACAGCUGCUUGAUUUACAUUUGGCGUUGCUCAACACUAGCACUCAGUUGUACUUAGACAGGAAGUCCCAUUGAGGACAUACUGUAUCACUCCACAAGACUAAUCAUGUUAUUUAUUUGGAAGACAGUCAGUCUUAUCUGGUGGUGAUGACCUGUUGAUAUAGCAACUUCCUAACAGAUUCUGUUUCUUCGAGAGGAGCAGUGAAAGUGAAACAAUAUCCAGAAUAAGGCCAUUUUUUCGUUUGUUGGAAUGUGCUGCAUGGUAUUCAUUAGCAUCCAAUGGGAGCGGAAACAGAACAGAACAGCGUUGCUCUGAUCUCUGGCUGUGCUGCUCAACAUGCUUGACACUGUGUUGGUGUGUCUGUUGCUCCCCCCCCCCUCUCUCCAUGAAGGAAACUGUUGUAUACACACGUCUUGAUUACGCUGCGUUGCCAGGUGAUGGUGGGAUGUAGGUGGGGGUGGAGAGAAGGAGGGAUAGAGGGGAGAGAUUGAGGGAGGGAGGGGUCAGGAAGUUUGCCAGUGGCUUUUGAAUGAGUUAUUGUUUGGUGGUGGAACACAGCUGGGAAACAUCAGGAUGGGGAGAUGCUCAUGCGCAUGCACACACUCCUACACAAACAGAGACACAGGAGCACAAUAGAGUGAUUUCUCUAGAGUGAUAGAUACAGAGAACAUGUCUAUUUCAUUCUCUUUUAUUUCUUCCUUCCCUUGUAUUCUAUCAACAAUGUCUCUUGUUCCCUUUUUUCCCUCCCUCUCUCCUUCCCUCUCUCCUUCCCUCUCUCCUUCCCUCUCUCACUCCCUCUUUCCCUCCCUCCCUCUCCUUCCCUCUCUCCUUCCCUCUCUCCCUCCCCCUCUCCUUCCCUCUGUCCUUCCCUCUCUCCCUCCCUCUCUCCUUCCCUCUCUCCUUCCCUCCCUCCUUCCCUCUCUCCCUCCCUCUCUCCUUCCCUCUCUCCCUCCCUAUUUCUUUCCAGUCAGUGUGGGUUUGGUUGUAAAGGGCUUGGGUUUGCGUUGCUGACUGUUGGAAUCUGUGGCUGAUGUCAUGGGAGAGAGAGCGAGAGAGAGAUCUGAGCCCUUAUAGAUACAGACACUGACUGACUGACUGUCCUGCCUGUGGGGAUAUAUGAGAUGAUGCUCAAUUUCACCCUCUUUAAUUCAGCCAUUCCAGGCUGGAGAGCUGGGGAUGGGGGGACACGCCACGUUAUUGACUUGGCUGGCUACAGCAUAGAGAUGCCUUUCCUAACAUUACCCACAUGACUAGCCAUUCCUUCAUAUCAUACAGUGUUACCUAUUAUACCACUUGUCUAUUAUACCACUUUUGUUAGACAUCUGAAGACGGAUAUGAGAGGAAGAGGAAGUAUGGGAGGAAGAGCGUGAAUGAGUGAGCUGUCUGUGUGUUUGCAUGUAUGUUGACUUUGUGCCAUGAAUGCUUCCCUUAUCAUGUCUCUGUUAUGUCUCUCCUCUGUUCUAAACAGUGUCAACCUGAGUUUCUGCCUCUCUGCCAAUGGGAAGUACCUACCAGACAACCUAGGUGAGCCAACUGUUCACAUCGAUCCAGAUUACAUACAAUACCAUAUUACAAACUCUCAAUUGCACACAAAUAUCAAUUUAUGUUAACAAGUUAUUGCACAACAUUGUGUAUGUUGAAUUACUUUGUCGAUGCUUUGUGUUGCAUUGUAUUGUGACAGUGAUGAGGAGCAGUGUCAGGCUUCCAGAAUCCCCAUAUCUGCUCUGAUCCACUUUUAAUGAGUUCCAAUCAAAGCACUAGGCUCCUCUUUGCUCAUACACAACCCCAGGAAUUAUUCCACUAAUCAGCCCUCUAUGCAUAUGGUUACUCUGCUAUGUGCCAUAUGGUAAACUAACUACAUAGUCUGGAUUCUCUAUUCGCUAGAAAGUAUGCACAUUUGUUUGAAUGUGAUGGUGUGUAAAACGAUAGCACAUUCAUGGUUGUGUGCGUUUGUGUGUUACAGACUUCCAGGUAGAGGUGCAGUUGGACCGUCUGAAACACAAGCAGAUGGGAGCGGUGAAGAGGGCUCUGUUUGUGGACUCCCAGCAGGCAGUGCUUCAGAGGAGUGUGAGAGUGAAGAACGGAGAGCAUGUGUGUUACGACACCAAGAUCUACCUGAGGGUUAGUCCCGGCUAGACGGACACUCACUCACUCACUCACUCACUCACUCACUCACUCACUCACUCACUCACUCACUCACUCACUCACUCACUCACUCACUCACUCACUCACUCACUCACUCACUCACUCACUCACUCACUCACUCACUCACUCACUCACUCAGAUGAACCCUCUCUAUCAUUCUCUCUCUCGCUCUCGCUCUCGCUCUCGCUCUCGCUCUCUCUCUCUGUCUCUCUCUCUCUCUCUCUCUCUCUCUCGCUCUCUCGCUCUCUCGCUCUCUCUCUCUCUCUCUCUCUCUGACUCCAGGAUGACAAGGAGUUCAGAGAUAAGCUCUCCUCCAUCUACAUCUCCCUCAACUUCAGCCUGGAUCCUCAGGCAGCGUUUGACUCCCACGGCCUCAGACCCAUCCUUAACUACCAGACCACUGAGCUCAUCGAGCAGAAGGUACUUCAAUACACCCCCUCUCUGUCUAAAUAUGACCUGCACAGCACCCCCGCAGCACUCCUGACCCCCCAGCACAGCACCCCCUCCCUCCUUUCUGUCUGACCCCCAGCACAGCACUCCAACCCUGGAGGACUCCUCUGAGUUAACAGCCACUGUAUCUCUGGUGGUGGAGCACUGCACAUGUUUUAAUGAACAAGACGUAGUGAAAGACGUGGCUGGAAAUCCAUUCAGUCACUCAGAGCUGAUGGUAAUGUUUUCACCUUGACCAGACCACCCCCUUCCUUCCCUCUCUCCCCCAAACACGCCCUCAGAAAGACUCAGGCUGCUCUCCUUUUUGAUUUCCAAACUGCUCUGCUGGGAAGGGGUCCAGAGGGUCUGGAAAGCAGUUUUCAACAGAAGACAUUUGAGGCAUGUGCGCACUAUGGUGGAGAGAGAGUUAGAGUUUGACUGCCCCUCCAGGAAUAGCUGCUUUCAGCUUUCAGCCCAGCUAGGCUGUGUAACGGUUCAUAAGAGUCGUGUUCCGACUGAGUGGUGCACAGUCAGACUCCGACACACAGGGUUAAUAGAUAUUUCUGGGUUGGGCCAAUGGGGUGCUUUGCUAGCAGCACACAGGCCAUGUGCCAUCUGGUGUAGAUUUGUCUGAAUUUUUCCAGUUUUCUCCUGGCAUGCACGGAGAGGGAGAGAGACGUGAGAAGGGCUCAACGUGUGGGCUGCCUGCCUUCAGCUGUGGCAUGCUGCACCAUAUGUCAGAGUUGUGGACUCUGACUCGAGUCACAAAUUUGAUGACUUGAGACUCAACUUAAUAGAAAAUAAAAUAACUUGAGACUUGAGACUGAUGACUUGAAAUUAUCUGUCCGGGUUUUGUGGCACAGAGUAUCCGUGGAUUACUUUCCACGCAGCCAGACACAGUAGCCACAACCUCUCGCUCUCUCUCUCUCUCUCUCUGCCUUCCCCUCACCCUCUGUAUUUCUCUCUCUCUGUAUUUCUGUCUCUCUCUCUGAGCAGGGCAGGACUGAGCCCUGUCAUUGGUGUCUCCUUGUUGUAUCAAAGCUGCUGGGGCCUCAUCAGAUGUGCUGUGUUGUUCUUACACUACAUCUAAAUACUGAACUCUAAAAGUUCUGUUGUAGUAGUAGUACUGAAACUAACCUUCAGAGUAGGACUUGAAUAACCCAUGUGUGUCUAUGAUGUAUGUGUGUGUAAGGACAACUGAAUAAUCCAUGUGUGUCUAUGAUGAAAGGGGGGGGUGCUUUAGUAGUGUAAAACUGCAGACAUAUUUCAUUAAUCAUGGAUACCCAGUGUGAAUGUAACACCAUGUAGGGGGUGAUUACUGACUACACCCCGGAUUUAAUCACAUGCAUCAUACUUUAUUUUGGAUUUCACCAUAUGGCAUCGUAUGUACUGGGCUGGCUGUUGUGGCUUACCACAGUUCUCACACCCUCUGGUUGCUGAGUGAGAGCUCACUGAUGCCUCUCUGUAUAGUUUCAUAGUUUCUCUGUAAUGUGCUCCACAUGUUGCCGUGAAGCCGGGGCACUGUCAGUUGUUAUUGCUUAGCUUCAGCGAGGAUAGGAACGUGUAACUUUUUCCCUGACUGACUGGGUCUGACUGUCGGCCAUGCAGCACACACUGAGGGGGCAGAGUGAGUGAGCUGGUGGUUACUAUGGUAACCCUGCUUUCCCUUAAUUAGAAGCCCUGGCUGUGUAAUGACAGAGGAGGCGCUGAGUUCUUUCUAAUCUCCAUCCACUUCUAUGUAUUAUCCUCAUCGUCAUCUAAAGCAUCAUGAUCAUCACACUGUGAUGGAAUCACACAGGGAAACUAUUACCUACGCCAAGCCUGGGCUAGUUCCCACUACACACACACGUUCAGUGGUUAUUGCACCCUUUCCUGCUUAGUUCAUGUCUCUCUAGGCCUCUAGAUUACCCCGACAUAAAGGCGUCAGCAUGCUUCCCAGCUGAAACAGUUCAGAAGUGUUUGUGCAUAUAUUAUGACAACAUUUUGUGACGUUUCUGUUCGUUUUGGACUUCAGUGAGGGUUUUUUCAGCUGUUCGGGCACACAACAUUUUUUCUAGAGGCAAGCCGAAGUUUGGAGCUGAAUCAGACACGCACUGCAAACAAGAAGGAGGAUAGACUACUGGAAGUGUUGUGGUGAAUAGUGUACAGUGGUUUUACAGUCAAAGAUGCACGAACACUGUUUGGGAAUGUCUAGAGGCAGGAUUGUCCAUGUAGAAGGUCCAGAAAUGAGUUGAGGUGGUGCAGAGUUCUUCUGACCUGUUGUCUCUCUGCACCCCUGGGUCCAACUAAAGCACAGACUGUGUUGGGGGUUUAAGAUCCCCACCAGGUACAGCCUGUGAUUGGCUGACGGGGUCAUAUGACUCUAGCCAGGGGAGAGAGUUCUGGAAGGGCCCAAGUAGUAGCCAGGGCCAGAGGUGUGAAACCGGGGGAUGGUAGUCUCUGCAGAGCUGGAGAGUUUCUCUCUAAAGUUUGUACCUCUGUGUCCCAGGCUAGAGAGAGGGUUUAAGAGAGGGUUUUCAACACACAGUCAGAUGUGGUGUUGAGCUUCUCCUGCCUUAUUAUUGAGCCAUUUCCCUCAAAAAGGAAGUGAAGUCAGACAUGGGGCUGAAUUAGCAUUAUUUGUUUCAUCACACAGUCAUACAGUCUUUAACAUUCCCCGGAAGAUAAGACUGUUAACAGGAUUACUACAGGUGUCUGGUCUGUGAUAAUGACACUCUACUCAGGGGGCGGUGGGAGGUUGAGGGUUGGACUGGAAUGUUUUAGUCAUUAUUGGCUACAUGACAUGUCCCGUCCCACUACAGUCGCUCUGUUGUAUGCUUACCACGAAAGCAAAGUGUAUCUAAUUCUCUGUGUGAACUCUAAUUGAAAGAAGUGUAGGCCUCAUUUUUAACAGGGCAUGUGUGAUCCUGUAUAAGCUCUCAUCUUCUUCCCUCCUCUAGGCCCAGAUUCUGCUGGACUGUGGAGAAGACAACAUCUGUGUUCCUGACUUAAAGCUGGCAGUGCACGGGUGAGUUAGUCCCUUCAUUUCCUUCUCUAGAAGUCCUAGACCAUACACAGCUCAGGACAUCCACUGGAUCAGGAGAAUAUAGCUAUGUACGGUCAACUGUGAGCCGGGUUGUAGUAAGUGAACUUUUCACCCCACUAUGCAGAAGAAGUCGGCCUUGUUGUUGUUCUUAGUAAAGCUGUGUCAUGCUCCACCCGUUUGUUAAGUUUAGCUAGUCUGUUAAUAGCCCAACAAUGCUCCACUAGCAGAGGAUACUACUCUGCUUUGAAAACAGGAAGGAGCGCUGGUCUACAGGUACAGGGAUUGGCUGUCAAGCUGGUGGGGGAAAAAGACAGGAGGGAUGGAACAGAUUUGUUUGGAACGUGGGAAGGGAGUUGUGUGUGUGCCAACCAGGUCCAGCCUCCCUCUCGAAUCGUUGGAAGUAGUAUUCAGAGCAUCGACACACUUUGAUCUGUGGGCAUUUUUCUCAAAAAUAACGUACCCUCUUGCUCUCUUUCUGCCCUAUCAUUUUAAUUUCACAUUUCUAUAUUUGUUUGUGUGCUAAUUCCAAUUCUUCAUUAGUCUUCUAUCACAUAAACAAGUCCAUUCAAGUAAUGAUCAGUUUUAAUAAGUGAAUUCAGUUGAGGAAAGUCAUAAUAAUGCAUUAACUUGCCUCUGGCUGUCUUUGGCAGUUAGAUGAUAGUGCUGCAUUAAUUUGAAUACUUUGUAUAAUAGUAGCUCGGGGCAAAGACUAAAUUAUGAAAUUCCCAGCAAUGUAUCCGAGACAUAUCCUUGUCCAUUGUUUUAUAUUUAAAGGGAAAAUCCACUCAAACUAUUUUGGUAUUUUUUUAAUUAGUCCACUUGAUACAGUCCCAAAAUGUUUUGCAUGUCAGCAGUCAAGUUUUCAAGAUAUUGGACUUUCAAGAAGCAAAGUGUCACUGGCUGGCGGAGGCUGACUAGGCUGGCUAGCGGAGGUUGACUAGGCUGGCUGGCUGGCGGAGGCUGACUAGGCUGGCUGGCUGGCGGAGGCUGACUAGGCUGGCUGGCUGUAGGAGGAUGGCUGUUUGUAGGAGGCUGACUAGGCUGGCUGGCUGGCUGUAGGAGGCUGACUAGGCUGGCUGGCUGUAGGAGGCUGACUAGGCUGACUGGUUGUAGGCGGCUGACUAGGCUGGCUGGCAGUUGGAGAAUGACCAGGCUGGAUGGCUGUUGGAGGCUGACUAGGCUGGCUGGCUAUAGGAGGCUGACUAGCCUGGCUGGCUGUAGGAGGCUGACUAAGCUGGCUGGCAAUUUGAGAAUGACUAGGCUGGCUGGCUGUUGGAAUCUGACUAGGCUGGCUGGCAAUUUGAGAAUGACUAGGCUGGCUGGCUGUUGGAAUCUGACUAGGCUGGCUGGGUGGCUGUUGGAGGCUGACUAGGCUGGCUGGCUGUUGGAGGCUGACUAGGCUGGCUGGCUGUAGGAGGCUGACUAGGCUGGCUGGAUGUAGGAGGCUGACUAGGCUGGCUGGCUGUAGUAGGCUGUCUAGGCUGGCUGGCUGUAGGAGGUUGACUAGGCUGGCUGGCUGUAGGAGACUGACUAGGCUGGCUGGCUGUAGGAGGCUGUCUAGGCUGGCUGGCUGUAGGAGGAUGUCUAGGCUGGCUGGCAAUUUGAGAAUGACUAGGCUGGCUGGCUGUAGGAGGCUGACUAGGCUGGCUGGCUGUAGGAGGCUAUAGUCCCGUGUAGCUCAGUUGGUAGAGCAUGGCGUUUGCAACGCCAGGGUUGUGGGUUCGUUUCCCACGGGGGACCAGUAUAAAAAAAUGUAAAUAAAAAAAUGUAUGCACUCACUAACUGUAAGUCGCUCUGGAUAAGAGCAUCUGCUAAAUGACUAAAAUGUAAAUGUAGGAGGAUGACUAGGCUGGCUGACUGUUGGAGGCUGACUAGGCUGACUGUAGGAGGCUGACUAGGCUGGCUGACUGUUGGAGGCUGACUAGGCUGGCUGGCUGUUGGAGGCUGACUAGGCUGGCUGUUGGAGGCUGACUAGCCUGGCUGGCGGAGGCUGACUAGGCUGGCUGGCUGGCAGAGGUUGACUAGGCUGGCUGGCUGGCUGUAUGAGGCUGGCUGUUUGUAGGAGGCUGACUAGGCUGGCUGGCUGUAGGAGGCUGACUAGGCUGGCUUGCUGUUGGAAUCUGACUAGGCUGGCUGUAAGAGAUGACUAGGCUGGCUGUAGGAGGCUGACUAGGCUGGCUGGCUGUAAGAGGCUGACUAGGCUGGCUGGCUGGCUGUUGGGGGCUGACUAGGCUGGCUGUUGGAGGCUGACUAGGCUGGCUGUAAGAGGCUGACUAGGCUGGCUGGCUGUUGGAGGCUGACUAGGCAGGCGGCUGUAAGAGGCUGACUAGGCUGGAUGGCUGUUGGAGGCUGACUAGGCUGGCUGUAGGACACUGACUAGGCUGGCUGGCUGUAAGAGGCUGACUAGGCUGGCUGGCUGUUGGAGGCUGACUAGGCUGGCUGUUGGAGGCUGACUAGGCUGGCUGUAAGAGGCUGACUAGGCUGGCUGUAGGGAGCUGACUAGACUGGCUGGCUGUUGGAAGGUGACUUGGCUGGCUGUUGGAGGCUGACUAGGCUGGCUGUAAGAGGCUGACUAGGCUGGCUGUAAGAGGCUGACUAGGCUGGCUGUAGGAGGCUGACUAGGCUGGCUGGCUGUAAGAGUCUGACUAGGCUGGCUGGCUGGCUGUUGGAGGGUGACUUGGCUGGCUGUUGGAGGGUGACUUGGCUGGCUGUUGAAGGCUGACUAGGCUGACUAGGCUGGCUGGCUGUUGGAAGCUGACUAGGCUGGCUGUAAGAGGCUGACUAGGCUGGCUGGCUGUUGGAGGCUGACUAGGCUGGCUGUAAGAGGCUGACUAGGCUGGCUGUAGGAGGCUGACUAGGCUGGCUGGCUGGCUGUUGGAAGGUGACUUGGCUGGCUGUUGGAGGCUGACUAGGCUGGCUGUAAGAGGCUAACUAGGCUGGCUGGCUGUAGGAGGCUGACUAGGCUGGCUGGCGGAGGCUGACUAGGCUGGCGGGCUGUAGGAGGCUGACUAGGCUGGCGGGCUGUUGGAGGCUGACUAGGCUGGCUGUAAGAGGCUAACUAGGCUGGCUGGCUGUAGGAGGCUGACUAGGCUGGCUGGCGGAGGCUGACUAGGCUGGCGGGCUGUAGGAGGCUGACUAGGCUGGCUGGCUGUAGGAGUAUGACUAGGCUGGCUGGCUGUAGGAGGCUGACUAGGCUGGCUGGCAGUUGGAAUCUGACUAGGCUGGCGGAGGCUGACUAGGCUGGGUGGCUGUAGGAGGCUGGCUGGCUGUAGGAGGCUGACUAGGCUGGCUGGCUGGCUGUAGGAGGCUGACUAGGCUGGCUGGCUGUUGGAGGCUGACUAGGCUGGCUGGCUGUAGGAGGCUGACUAGGCUGGCUGGCUGUAGGAUGCUGACUAGGCUGGCUUGCUAUAGGAGGUUGGCUUGGCUGGCUAUAGGAGGCUGACUAGGCUGGCUGGCUGUAGGAGGCUGACUAGGCUGGCUGGCUGUAGGAGACUGACUAGGCUGGCUGGCUGUAGGAGGUUGGCUGGCUGGCUGUAGGAGGCUGACUAGGCUGGCUUGCUGUUGGAGGCUCACUAGGCUGGCAUGCUGGCUGACUGGCGAGCAGAAGAUCAGUGUUUGAAAUAUGGUCCCAUGUUGCUUCUUCGCUGCCUGGUUUUAUGAGUUCAGCUGUAAUUAGAAGUGUCUGUGUGGCCCUUGUAUGGAAUUCCUCUCUCAUUGUGUUCAUAGAGGGAGAGAGCUGGAGGGAGAGAUGAAGGGAGGGGAAGGGGGAGGUGUUUUAAAGUCCUGGUCUGUGCUCUAUCGCAUGUAUGACUUUAUUGCUACAUUGGAAAAGUUUUGUGUGAGGGGGAUGCAGGGGGAGGGAAGGGGAAGGUUUAAGGGGGAGGGCGUUUCCUGAGGUGAAUCUAAGUAAUGCGUUUUGGGCUGUGUCCCGUUCUGACUCCCGGCUCUAAAUCAGCCUGAUAUGUAGAGCACAAAGCCUGAACAGGGAAGAGGAAGAGACAAAGCACAAUGUAUCAGGCUAUAGCAACAAAACAUGUUAGUGGCCAGACACUGCUAUUGCCAACUACUAUGUGCACUGUGCACAAAGCUUUCACAGAUUUCUCUCCCACCUCUCUGUGCUUAUUUACCCACAGAGACCUGACACCUCUUGACCUGACCUCUGACCCUAUUAGUAAUCAAUUUCUGGUUUUGUUGGUCCAUCAGGGACAGGAAGGAAGUGUACCUAGGUGACGACAACUCACUGACCUUGACUUUCAACGCACGGAACGAGGGUGAAGGUGGGGCCUACGAGGCUGAACUGUAUGUGGUGCUGCCUCCUGAAGCAGACUACAGCGGUAUAGCCCGCAAUAACGAGGUGAGAGGAAAUACUAAACAUUCAGCUCAACCCAGCAUUACUAUUAGAUAUGGAGUAAUGCAAGGGUCCCAGUCUAUUGGCUUAUAAGACUUGCAAUGAUAGAUUUAUUGGGAGCAGGACUGUUAUGGAAGUUAUGAAAACUCUAAAUGGAACCAAAUGUUCUUGAGUUAUGAAACUUUUUGACUGCUGCCAUCUUGAACAGGUCAUCUUGCAAAAUAGAUUUUAGCUAAUUGAGAGUAGCCUGUUUAAAUUAAGAUUAAAUGAUCAAAUGAGUCUAUAGAUUGUAAAUAUGUUUCUUCUCUAUUGUGUUCUAAUCUCAAACUCUCUUCUUUCUCACCCAGAGCCUGACCCAGCUGACCUGUAGCUACGAGACUGAGAACCAGACCCGCUACCUCAGCUGUGACCUGGGCAACCCCAUGAAGUCUGGCACCAGCGUAAGUCAAGGAUUUAGGUUCUGCUCGCCCUUUCUGAAAGUAUUGGUUAUGAGGAGGGGCCAGGAGUAUUUGCUGGUUAGCUCACAUGGGUUGAAAACAGGAGCAGUUCUGGCUCUUGAAGUGAAAACAUUAUUGACGUUUCAGCCAUCUUGGUCUCAAUCAGAAUGAGGUCACACUCCCGCCCUGGUCCUACUCAAGACCUUUCUGAAGAGUGUUGAUUAUGAAUAGGGCAAGCAGGUUUUCCUGGUUAGGUCACAUGGUCCUGGCCCUACUCAUAAGCAAUAUCCUUCAUUGGUUCUGGUGAGUGGUGAUGACCGGUGAAAUAGUACGCUAGCCCUCUGAGAUCUGUUUAGUGGUAGUAAACAGUCAUCGGAGCUAUGCAGAGAAUCCCUUUUUUCUCGUGUGAAGUAAGGGAUUGUGUUGUGUCGUCCAGGGGUUGGUGGGUAGAGAACUGGACAGGAACGACUUUCUUUUCAUGUUACAGCAGUGUUCAGAGAGGAAGUUUCUGUCCGGUUAGCAGGAAGCUGGUCUACCUUCCCUGCUGAACAGAGAUUGCCUCCUGAUGACCUGCGGGUUUCUGUGGGUUUUUAAUGUGUCUGACUGUAAAGUGGACGUUGGUGGAGAGGUUAAGAAGGUUUAUUUUACAUUUUAGUCAUUUAGCAGACGCUCUUAUCCAGAGCGACUUACAGGAGCAAUUAGGGUUAAGUGCCUUGCUCAAGGGCACAUCGACAGAUUUUUCACCUAGUCGGCUCGGGGAUUAGAACCAGCGACCUUUCGGUUACUGGCACAACGCUCUUAACCACUAAGCUACCUGCCGCCCAUAUUCUGAUAGAAUGGUUGCAUUCCAAGUGUAAACUGAAGUUAAAAAACUUUAGUAUGCAUCAAAUAUAUAUAUGUACUACAAUGUGUACUACAAUGGCAGGAUCUAUAUAUACAUAUAUAUAUAUAUAUAUAUAUAUAUGUAUGUAUAUAUAGAUCCUGCCAUUGUAGUACACACUGUAGUACCCAUUGUAGUAUCCAUUGUAGUACACAUUGUGUGCACUGAUGAUACUUAGCCUAGUUUGUCCCUGGAGUGGAUUAGUUAUAAUUCAUAAUUGCAUAGAUACAGACAGAUGUUAUGGAUUAAUAUAUUCAUUGAGCCAGGGAGAAACCAGAAUGUUUAUGAGCAGUAUUUUCAUUGUUUUAACAGUGCACACAUGCACACUACACACACACACAGUUAAACAGUAAAAGCUUUAACCUCGCUGGCCUCCUGAUUGCAAUUACUGUGCUGUACGUGCGUGCGGUUUGGAUGGAAAAUAAAAGUGGCAUGACAUUCCAAUAGAGAAAAGGGCAGCAGAACAGAAUGCUGUAAGCAGGAACUCCCAGACCAUCUGGACCUGCAGGCCCAGGUGUAUUACAGCUGUGUGCCACCCAGACAGACAGACAGGCAGACAGACAGAGAGUACUGAGUGAUUGACCUCUGAACAGAACAGAAUUGGAAGGAGAGAAGAGGAGAGGCAAGUCCUGUUAGCCUGGUGGGAACUCUGGGCCCCCUGGUAUGCUGUAGUCAGCUCACUGUCUCUGUGCUGUAUGUGUAAAAGGUUGGCUUUGAUCUGUUGGUUGCAGCAUCCCUUAGCCAUUAGUACCUCUGUCUCUUUUACGUCAUGUUGGGGCUGAAGUCCUUGACCACGUUGCUUCUUCUCAUCUGCAGCUGUGGGCAGGCCUGCGCUUCACUGUGCCACGACUGAAGGACACACACAAGACGGUUCAGUUUGAGCUACAGAUCCGCAGGUAUGACUCACAGUUACCUCUCCUCUCUAAGCAUAUGUUUGAACUGGGACUAUAACUGGACAUGUGUUUUUUUUGUCAUUGACAAAAUAAUUGAAGGCUAAAUUUGUAGGAUAUAGACCAUCCAAAAAUUCCAAGGCACUCUUACCAGAUAGUUGCCAAUCAGUGUGUGUUUUCUAUACUUCACCACCCUCUCUCUCUCCCUCUUUCCACAGUAAAAAUGAGAAUAAUUCCCACAGUGAGGUGGUGCCCUACAAGCUGGAGGUGGUUGUCCAGGCCGAUGUUAUUUUACAAGGGUGAGUUCAGAGGGAAGUCCGGCGGUGGGAGUAAUCUCUGUCAGUGUUAGAAAACCUUUUGGAACACACACAGUCACUCACUCUCUUUCUGCUAUCUCUUUCUCUCUGCUAUCUCUUUCUCUCUGCUAUCUCUCGUUAUCUCUGCUCACUGUCUCUGCUCUCUCUCUCUGUUUGAAGUGUCUCCCGACCAGACAAGGUCUUCUUCCCUCCCCCCAACUGGAAGGUCUCCAAGACCCCCCAGGAGGAGCAGGACAUUGGGCCUGAAGUCCAACACAUCUAUGAGGUAAGGAGCCAGAGGGUUGGGAUUGGGGUCGGGCAGGUUGGGAUUAGGGUGGGAAGAUCCAACGGAACAUUCAAUGUGUAGAAAAAGGGGAGUGCAUCAAAACGAUCAGUGGACAUUCCCUUUUUUCAAUGUAAGCAGCCAGAACCAGAGGCCAGCAGCCGGCUAGACAGGCAGACUCAUCGGGAUGUAGUACAGUGUUCUAUACAGCAGACACUGGCCUUUAGCAGGUCUUUAGUAGCAGGUAGUACUUCCCAGACACUGGCCUUUAGCAAGUCUGUAGUAGCAGGUAGUACUUCACAGACACUGGCCUUUAGCAGGUCUGUAGUAGCAGGUAGUACUUCCCAGACACUGGCCUUUAGCAAGUCUGUAGUAGCAGGUAGUACUUCUAGACACUGGCCUUUAGCAAGUCUGUAGUAGCAGGUUGUACUUCUAGACACUGGCCUUUAGCAGGUCUGUAGUAGCAGGUAGUACUUCCCAGACACUGGCCUUUAGCAAGUCUGUAGUAGCAGGUAGUACUUCUAGACACUGGCAUUUAGCAGGUCUGUAGUAGCAGGUAGUACUUCCCAGACACUGGCCUUUAGCAGGUCUGUAGUAGCAGGUUGUACUUCCUAGACACUGGCCUUUAGCAGGUCUGUAGUAGCAGGUAGUACUUCCCAGACACUGGCCUUUGUGUAGAAGCACACCAGACAGACACUACUUCCUGGGGAAGCAGAGAAGUAAAAUGAGAAAGAAGUGAAAGAAGAAAGAAAUACAUUCCAGGAAGCACAGGGGUUUGUUUUGAGCCUUACAUCAUUACAAGUCUAACUCAAUUUGUAAGGACAACCUAGACUCAUGUUGUCAGACAUCCCACCGGACAACCUUUCUCAGAACAGGAAGAAAAACAGUGCUCAAGUUUAGAUGACAUCACAACAACAUUCAAUUUCCUGGAGGUCUGGAUCAACCAGAACAGGUUAAUUUUUUCAGAGCAAAGACUAGGUGGGGGUUAUAUUCUUGUAAUAUUCUACUUACUUUCCCUCUUCCUCCUCAUUCUCUCACCUGUCCCUGUCAGCUGGUGAACAAAGGUCCCAGUGGUAUCAGUCACACAGUGCUGCAGCUCAGCUGUCCUCUCAGUGUUCAGGGCAAGGGUCUCCUCUACCCCCUGGAGAUCUCUACUGAGGGACCCCUCAACUGCACCACCAACCACUCCAUCAACUACCUGCAGCUCAAGGUGAGCAAUCAAUUACUGGCAUGUCUUUGGAUGUAUGACAGGGAAUGUAAGCAUUUUUGUAAAGGUGGAGCAAGUCUCAAACAAAUGUUCUCUCACGGUCAACACACACACACACACACACACACAAACACUUCUCAGGGUCACAUGAGGCUCAUCUGUGUGAGUCUAGAACACUUCAGAAGGACAGGCACUGUGAAGAUGUCCCACAGGUUCUAAUUCAGUGUGUGAUUAACAGUCUCAGCUCUCCACACCCAUCUCCCUCCUAGCCAAACCAGCCCCACCCAGGUCACUAGCCCUACUAUCACUUUGAUCUCUCUGCUCUUCCCUCAGCUCAGCACAGCUUGAUGAACCACUUCUGUAGCGAUACUCACUCAUCUUCUGCAUUUAAUGUUAGGUCCCUUUCUGCUGGGUUUUAGCCUAUGGGUUUACAUGGGCAGAUGACUCUGGUGAAGUCGCUUGUUUGUGUUUAGAACUUCUAACUGUACAGAUGCUGAGAUGGGCCAGAAGUGGUUGUCCAUUUAGCGGUGAUCUGUACAGUGUGUUUCUAUUGGAAGCCAUGUGGAUGAGACCUCACAUGCACUAGAUUAAUGAUGAGGAUAAGGAUGGGUCACUAACGUCAUUCCCUAUAUUGACCUAAUGGGUGAGGUCAGUGUCUGUAUUGUAUUGAUCUAAUGGGUGGUGUACUCUUCUCUAAUGGGUGAGGUCAGUGUCUGUAAUGUAUUGACCUAAUGGGUGGUGUACUCUUCUCUAAUCGGUGAGGUCAGUGUCUGUAAUGUAUUGACCUAAUGGGUGAGGUCAGUGUCUGUAAUGUAUUGACCUAAUGGGUGGUAUACUCUUCUCUAAUGGGUGAGGUCAGUGUCUGUAAUGUAUUGACCUAAUGGGUGAGGUCAGUGUCUGUAAUGUAUUGACCUAAUGGGUGGUGUACUCUUCUCUCAUGGGUGAGGUCAGUGUCUAAUGUAUUGACCUAAUGGGUGGUGUGUUCUUUCCCUUUGUGUCUCCUCAGCUCCAGCAGUCUUCCACAGAGCAGCCACCCCUACUUGUGCCUGGUCAGGAUCACCACAUCGAGAGGAGAGAAGUCCCGAGAGACCAGCUGGCGGAGCACACUAACCUGGUGAGGCCAUACACAAUGACAGAGUGAGGGACGGAGGGAGAGAGUGCUGGAGAAAGCUAAUGCUGCAAUAAGUUAUUAGGGCAAUGCCCCUAAUGCAACAGGCUUUUAGAGUGAUAGGCAGGGCUUGUUUUUAACCUCUGCUUGUUAAGGACGGUUUCCUGUUGUCAAAUAGUUCAAAUAAACAGGACAAGUGUAUGGUAGAGGCCAGGGGCUUUUCUUUGGAUAUAGAGCUGAGCUGGAGGGUUGAACCUCUGCCUCUCUGUUCCUCUGAAUUGCCGGGAGCCAUGGCAUGUUGUUCAUCUGGGACGGUGGCUCUGGCCUGGUCCUACUCUUAGAUAAGCCUCCUGGGAUUGGCUAAUGAGGUAUGAUGUAAUUAAGAGGGAGGGAUCAGGGGGCGUGGGGUGGUGGUGGUCCCACUUUUAUGAUUAACAUUAAAGGGCUGCAGGGAGACAGGGGUGAGUGGAGCUGGGGCAGUAAGGGCAUGAGAGUAGGGGGAUCUGGGGGACCAGGGGAACCACCCGGGCAUGAUGCGCUGGUUAGUUCACAGACUACGUGGUGUUGUUAGUGCAGGCACCCCUGCCCCUAGCACCCAUUGGCCCUAUAGAUCCAAGCAGCUGCAGGACCAGAUAUCUCUCCUCUGUUUUCCUUCUCCCUCUGUCUGUCACUACCUGCAGCACUGAAAGAGCUCUUUGUCCCCCCGUCUGUCGCUCUUACCUGCCCCUCGUUUAUCAAGCCUGCCCGAUGACACGUUUCUAGAAAGGCUUCCAUUCUUUGUUUCACUCUUAGCGCUUUAAUUUUUAUGCUGAGUUGGAACUAAGGACAGACAUCUUUGUUGAAAAUGUCUUUCAAUAGAAAUACAAAGUGUAUUAGUGUUUGUUUAGCCCCUUGAUUGAAUCUGGUUUUAGUAGGGGUCUGGUAAAUGAGGGAGACGCCUCUGUAUGGCUGCCCUCAUCCUAGAAGACCUGUAAAUGAAGUAUCAAUAUACACACACUGACAUCUGAGCUUGGUCUCUAAACUGCUAUUAGAACAAUCCAGAAAAAUGAAGGCAUAAUUAUUAUUUGCAUUCAUAUCACACAGUGGCUGUCAUUGUACACUUCAACACACACACACACACACACACACACACACACACACACACACACACACACACACACACACACACACACACACACACACACACACCUGUAUUAUAUAGCCAGUCGCUGCUGUUCUACUCAUUGUGGGAACAGCAGCUAUCCUCCCAGCCCCCAGCUCCUGCCCUUGACCUCGGCCACCCCACUAGGGAGGAUAGGGGGGGACUAUUGGCUGAAGCAUCUUUGGCACUGGACCAUAUCCAUAUGGACCAUUUCCCCAGACCCACCAGGAUCCCUCAGCCUCCCCCAGACCCCAGGCCCACCAGGAUCCCUCAGCCUCCACCAGACCCCAGACCCACCAGGAUCCCUCAGCCUCCACCAGACCCACCAGGAUCCCUCAGCCUCCCCCAGACCCCAGACCCACCAGGAUCCCUCAGCCUCCCCCAGACCCCAGGCCCACCAGGAUCCCUCAGCCUCCCCAGACCCCAGGAUCCCUCAGCCUCCACCAGACCCACCAGGAUCCCUCAGCCUCCCCCAGACCCCAGACCCACCAGGAUCCCUCAGCCUCCCCCAGACCCACCAGGAUCCCUCAGCCUCCCCCAGACCCCAGGCCCACCAGGAUCCCUCAGCCUCCCCCAGACCCCAGGAUCCCUCAGCCUCCCCCAGACCCCCAGGUUCCCUCAGCCUCCCCCAGACCCCAGACCCACCAGGCUCCCUCAGCCUCCCCCAGACUCCAGGCCCACCAGGAUCCCUCAGUCUCCCCCAGACCCCAAGUAUUCAGACCCUUUACUCAGUACUUUGUUGAAGCACCUUUGGCAGCGAGUACAGCCUCGAGUCUUCUUGGGUAUGACGCUACAAGCUUGGCACACCUGUAUUUGGGAAGUUUCUCCCAUUCUUCUCUGCAGAUCCUCUCAAGCUCUGUAAGGUUGGCUGGGUGUUGCUGCACAGCUAUUUUCAUGUCUCUCCAGAGAUGUUCAAUCGGGAUCAAGUCCGGGCUCUGGCUGGGCCACUCAAGGACAUUCAGAGACUUGUCCUGAAGCCACUCCUGCAUUGUCUUGGCUGUGUGCUUAGGGUCGUUGUCCUGUUGGAAGGUGAACCUUCGCCCCAGUCUGAGGUCCUGAGCACUCUGCAGCAGGUUUUCAUCAAGGAUCUCUCUGUACUUUGCUCCGUUCAUCUUUGCCUCGAUCCUGACUAGUCUCCCGGUCCCUGCCGCUGAAAAACAUCCCCACAGCAUGAUGCUGCCACCACCUCUCUACCACGCCGGCACUACAUUUACAUUUUAGUCAUUUAGCAGCCGCUCUUAUCCAGAGCGACUUACAGUUAGUGAGUGCAUACAUUUUAAUUUUUGUAAAUUUUCUUUCAUACUGGCACCCCGUGGGAAACGAACCCACAACCCUGGCGUUGCAAGCUCCAUGCUCUACCAACUGAGCUACACUAAAAGUCAGUUUAUGGAGGUUUACAACGCAAAGCGCCCAGCUCCCAUGAUGAGGAUUUAAUUAAGAUUGUGUAUUCUAAAAAAGUGGGCUUUUUUUCAGUGGUUGAGCAAUAAUGUUGGAUGGCGGUGAGCGUUGACUGCAUGCUGCAUUUUUUGUUUCAUGACAUUCCCUCAAUCUCUUUCUAAUUGGAAGCAGCCCUGGAUGGGGAUCAUAACAUUGAGCUCUUUGUUAUAUUUAUGUGGCCUGCAGUAUGGCCUGCAGAGUUAAAGUUGCCCUUACUUAUUGUAUUUUGUGGGGGGUAUUGAAAAUCAUACCUUCGGUAUUUCAAAAUACCCCAGUAUACCGCCCAAGCCUACUAUCUACCUCCUCCCUGUCUACUGACCUCUGCUUCAGUUUUUAAUUAAUGCACUUAGCUAACUAUUGUUAAGUUAAGCCUGAUAGAAUGACAAGUUACGUUUGUUUGGUAGCUGAUUAGUUUUUCUUCCUGAGGACAGCAAUAAUAGUUUGAGCAUGGCAUAUCUCAAAUCAUGGCAUAUCUUAUGUCAUUUGUUGAGCAUUAACACUCUCCCUCUCUUGCUUCCUCCUUCCCCCUCCCUCCAUCUAGUCCUGCUCUAACGUGGAGUGCUGGACGCUGCAGUGUGACGUGGGUCUUCUGGAGAAGGGGACCAGCGCCAUCCUCAAAGUGCGCGCCCGCAUCUGGGCUGAGACCUUCAUCGAGGUAUGUGUGGACUGGAGUAGUCAAACACUCUGCAUAGUCAAACACACAUCACUUUUCUGAGUUGCUGGGCCGAAGAAAACUAUAGAGAUGAAUAUGGCACACAUAAUUACUCCACAACACACUUUUAAAGUGGAACUGACGUUUUAGCAACAUAAAAUCUGUUCACAAACACCCCCAGGAAGAAUAUGACGCCUUUAAAAAAUAUAUAUUCUGAGAAGGGAGCACUUACGUCUGGUAAUUUUCACGUUUUCAUACUUUCAUAGAAUGUUUGGGAAUGACAUAGAGUAAGGCAUUUGUGAAACAAUUAAUAGAUAUUGAAGUAAAUAAAACCUAAUAAAAACGUGUCAGUCUUGUCCAGGGCUGGGUUCAGUACGUUUUUAUAUUCUGGAACGUUCAAUUGAAUGGAAACGGUGCUGUACUGAACGACCAGUUGAAAAACGGGGAGGUUGUGGGUUGGGAAAUGCUGUCAGCAUGGCCACUGCUCUUUAAAUACGUCACUCAUUGCUUCAAGCCACACCCACCAAACGGAAGCAAGCAUACCUUAGUCUGUUCAAGAACGUACAAUAACGUUUUUGGGAAACGUGUCGUUCAGUAUAAACCGUUCCGCAACGUAGCAAACGUUCAAGCGAACUGAACGCACCUCAGGACCGGACUACACAGAUUACACCGAAAAAAAUAUGGGAGGAAAAAGUCGGCCACUCACUGACUCGUCCAAUGACAUGAUAUACUCCCAGCAGCUAGCUAGCUAACACUAGGCUGGCUCCAUGUUUUCAGCUUGCUAAAUAAACAGCUACAUAAAUAGAUAAGCUAGCCUAUUAGCCACGCUAUGACUUACUUGUGGUCAUUGCCCUAUAUAGUUUGAUUGUAUUGACAUUCCCAGCCUUAGUUACAUUUGUGCAUUUUUGUCCAAAAUAUUGAGUCAUUGAAACUGAUACAGUGCCUUGCAAAAGUAUUCAUCCCCCUUGCCGUUUUUCUUAUUUUGUUGCAUUACAACCUGUAAUUUAAAUGGAUUUUUAUUUGAAUUUCAUGUAAUGGACAUACACAAAAUAGUCAGAAUUGGUGAAGUGGAAUGAAAAAAAUUCUAAACCACGAAUAACGGAAAAGUGGUGCGUGUAUAUGUAUUCACCCCCUUUGCUAUGAAAUCCCUAAAUAAGAUCUGGUGCAACCAAUUACCUUCAGAAGUCACAUAAUUAGUUAAAAAAAGUCCACAUGUGUGCAAUCUAAGUGUCACAUGAUCUCCGUAUAUAUACACCUAUUCUGAAAGGCCCCAGAGUCCGCAACACCACUAAGCAAGGGGCACCACCAAGCAAGUGGCACCAUGAAGACCAAGGAGCUCUCCAAACAGGUCAGGUACAAAGUUGUGGAGAAGUACAGAUCAGGGUUGGGUUAUAAAGACAUAUCAGAAACUUUGAACAUCCCACGGAUCACCAUUAAAUCCAUUAUUAAAAAAUUGAAAGAAUAUGGCACCAAAACAAACCUGCCAAGAGAGGGCCGCCCACCAAAACUCACGGACCAGGCAAGGAGGGCAUUAAUCAGAGAGGCAACAAAGAGACCAAAGAUAACCCUGAAGGAGCUGCAAAGCUCCACAGCGGUGAUUGGAGUAUCUGUCCAUAGGACCACUUUAAGCCAUACACUCCACAGAGCUGGGCUUUACGGAAGAGUGGCCAGAAAAAAGCCAUUGCUUAAAGAAAAAAAUAAGCAAAUACAUUUGGUGUUCGCCAAAAGGCAUGUGGGAGACUCCACAAACAUAUGGAAGAAGGUACUCUGGUCAGAUGAGACUAAAAUUUAGCUUUUUGGCCAUCAAAGAAAAUGUUAUGUCUGGCGCAAACCCAACAUCUCUCAUCACCCCGAGAACACCAUCCCCACAGUGAAGCAUGGUGGUGGCAGCAUUAUGCUGUGGUGAUGUUUUUCAUCGGCAGGGACUGGGAAACUGGUCAGAAAUGAAGGAAUGAUGGAUGGUGCUAAAUACAGGGAAAUUCUUGAGAGAAACCUGUUUCAGUCUUCCAGAGAUUUGAGACUGGGACGGAGGUUCACCUUCCAGCAGGACAAUGACCUUAAGCAUACUGCUAAAGCAACACUCAAGUGGUUUAAGGGGAAACAUUUAAAUGUCUUGGAAUGGCCUACUCAAAGCCCAGACCUCAAUCCAAUUGAGAAUCUGUGGUAUGACUUACAGAUUGCUGUACACCAGCGGAACCCAUCCAACCUGAAGGAGCUGGAGCAGUUUUGCCUUGAAGAAUGGGCAAAAAUGCUAUGUGGCUAAAUGUGGCUAGAUGUGCCAAGCUUAUAGAGACAUACCCCAAGAUACUUGCAGCUGUAAUUGCUGGAAAAGGUGGCUCUACAAAGUAUUGACUUUGGGAUGGUGAAUAGUUAUGCACGCUUAAGUUUUCAGUUUUUUUGUCUUAUUUCUUGUUUGUUUCACAAUAGAAAAAUAUUUUGCAUCUUCAAAGUGGUAGACAUGUUGUGUAAAUCAAAUGAUACAAACCCCCCCAAAAACUAUUUUAAUUCCAGGUUGUAAGGCAACAAAAUAGGAACACUGCCAAGGGGGGGAAUACUUUCGCAAGCCCCAGUGUAUCCUGAAGGGCUGAAGGGCUUUACCAGGCCAGCUGUGAUGUACAACCUGAUAGCAAUAUUUGUUCUACUACCAAGAAAUGUAUUGGUGAAUUAGCUAUAUUAAUCAUGCACUGAACUGCAUCCAUCUAUUCUGCCAAUAAUUACUUACUCUACAUCAUGACAUUUUUUGUCAAAUAUAAUCUAUUUUUAAAACCUCUUAUGAAGUUGGUUUUGUAGCUUCAACUGGGAGUUUGAUAUUUGUGACUAAUAUUAUGAUUGUCGGUUUGUUUCAUAUCUGCAAAGUAGUUAAAAUGCUGUCAGUUCCACUUUAAUUAGGUGAUUGAAGUCAGGUUCAGAUGCGGAGAUGAAAGCAACCACCAGAACUACUGGUCUUCCCUCAUCUCAAACUCACUACACAUCUAGACACGUUUCUACCAGAUGACAAUGGCACUGACUGCAUGAGACGGACUGUCUGUCUGUGUGUUCUGUCUGUAGGCCUAUCAGUCUAUUCACAUUGCUGUCUGUGUAUUUUCUCAUGUCAAGGUUUGGCUGAGUAUAAGCAGAAAUAUUCCUUUAAGCAGCUAUACAAAGAAAACACCAAGACUUAAAACCUCAAAUUAGAGUCUGUAAAAUAUGAAUGACCAGUCAGACUCACACACGUGAUUUGUAUUGACUAGAUGUCCGUAUUACAGCUACCUCAGAGCUAAACUCUGCCAGUGCACAGACUCAGAUAUUUGGUGCAAAUAAACAGAAAAAAAUAUAAUUCAAUUAUAAUUUAAAUUGUUCUGUGAGUGUAUUGUGUGUGUUGGUCUAUAGUGUAUUAGGUAUAGCAGAGCUGGAGGGUAUCUGUCCACAGAAGCCAUUGUGAGAAAGACCUUACACCAAGGCUUAUGUGUGAGUGCAUUGGAAAUUCAUUAGCUGAAGGUCACGCCUUCUCAUAGGAUUGGAACGUCAGAGGGGUUUUGUGAGAAAGAGAGCCAGCCGGUCUGAUGAGGUUCAUCAAUUUCUGUAGCACAUUAUUGCCUCCUACUGGACACAAGACGAACAGCACCCAUCACUAGUCCACACAUGGCUAUCACCCAUACAAGUUGCAGUUUGCUUUUCCAGUACUCCUACACAAAUUAUUUGAAGAAUCACAAUGGAUAUCCAAUCUGAUCCUGUUGUUUUAUUUCCGUUCUCAGAGGGCAUACAAGGGGUACGUGCUGGAGUGCCUGGCAAUGUUCAGCGUGGUCAAGAUGCCAUAUGCCAUCUUGCCCAAGGAGGUACCUAGUGGAUUUAAAAAGGUAGCUGUAUGUGCAGUGCGCCCAUGUUAACAAACUGCUCUAUUUUAUAUUGUAUUGUUGGUCUUCCAUUACCAUACAGUCAGUGGUUGAAUUGUGAUUUUGGAUGUGUACAAUGACUGGGCAUGCAUGUUUCUCUGCCUGUGAGGCACUUCCAAUUUGAAAGUGCCUUGUGAGGAAUAUUAUUUUCUCGCAUAUAAUGUAACGAGCUGAACAAUUGAAUAGGUAAACUAUUUUACUAUGGGGUUGUCUGAUUUUGCUGUUGCUUGCUCGUGUUGGUAAAACAGUCAUUAGAUAAUUCAUUAUAUAAUUUGAAAUUCGCAUAACCAAAGUUACAGGGUCUCAGCUCCGCUUGGCUCUCAUUUGGAUCAUAGGUGUCGGGACUCGGUGGGACCCGUCCUAAUUUAACCCCUGCAUAUAGUAUGCCCAUGUUUCGUUCAUCACUCAGCUAUUGUUGGGAAAAUGCAGGAAGCCUGGAAUCGAGGCUAUUAUAAGUGGAGGUCAUGACUAAAUGUGUUCCCCCUCUUCAGGUGGUGACCCCGGUGGUGUGGAACAAGCCAGACAGCCAAUACUCUGCCCCCCUGUGGAUCAUCAUUCUGGCCAUACUGGCUGGGCUUCUGCUGCUGGCACUGCUCAUCUACGUCCUGUACAAAGUGAGUGGUCAGGAUAGCGUUGAUGUUAACGUCCGGCAGAGUGGGCGAUUCCCAUCUCUUAAGAACUUCCCAUAUUUGCCUUUAGAACUUUAUUAGUCUUGGGCCAAAACUCUUAGCUCUGCCUUCUGUAGGCCUACAUGUAAGUCUGGCUGGAGAGACUAGAUCCUCAUUGACAUAUGAAGAUUUGAGAUGAUGUUGUAAAUAUGAUAUUAUAUUCAGUUCUAACUUUUAUAAUGUCUGCUUUCCUCUUCCUAGCUUGGCUUCUUCAAAAGGUCGCUACCCUACCGCAUGGCUAUGGAGAAGGCCCAACUCAAGCCCCAGGCUGCAUCUGAGGCCUAAACACCACAUAGAAAGGAUUUAAAACAAACUAUUUUGUUGUCGAAUAACCAAAGAAACCUAGAAACCCACAUGAUUGCAACGGAGAAAUGUGCUUAAUUUAAAUGUCCAGAGAGGAUUAGACUGCAGUUGAAGAGUCAGGAGGAGGUAGAAAGACCACUGUACUGCACUAGAGGAAGAAAAACCCAAAGAACUCCAAACCAAAUGAAUGUUUUUAAUUUAAUAUAUGUUUAUGUUUGUCGUCGUCGGGUUGGGGUUGAUCACCAAGCUGAACUGCAGUGUCACAGUCAGACAAACUGGCUUUAGACUUACUGAUCCUAUUUGAGUUGAAGUCCAAGACUAGUGACUACAGAAGAAGAAGAGGAGCAGCCUAUGGAAUCCCUUGAUUCGAUCAAGGAAGAUGCUUGGUUUCUCCCUGCACAUCUUUUAAAACAGCUUUUUAUUCCCUUGUGGAUCCUUGUGAAAGAGAAUAUUGUUUUAAUCUUUUUCAACUGCCUUCAUUUUGGUGCUAAAAAAGUGUGCUCAUUGCUUCAAAAAGGUAUAUUGUGGUGUUGAGUGGGACUGAAUGCAUCUCCCUUCCUUUUUGUAGCUAUUCAAGAAAUCUGAUCUGAUACUUUCCCAACCGAAGUUGGAAACAUGCUUUCUGUUCAGGGCACCAGAGGAGCAUGUUCAUCAGAGGAGCACAGACAGUCUGUCUCAUGUCUCCGUAAUCGCUCUACACCUGAGCUGUUUACCUAUCCACAUUUCUACCAAAUAUGUUUUUACAGCCGAUCUUAUCUUUUGUUUAAUGCUCCAGUAAUGUUCGGCAGGUAUAGACUCCUGUACUGCCAAAAUAGCUUCUUCUGCCUCAGAUUGGUGGACAUGCAGUGCUUGGUCCAGUUGUUUUUCACUCAAAGGAAAUCUACUGAUGUCUAACAAGAUGCCAAAAACAGACAGGAUACUGACGGACUGAUCUUCCUUUGAGUUUGACUUGAACCCUUACUGAUCACUUUGUGUUGAUCCUAUAUGUUUGUGUUCGUUGUGACAAAUGAAAGCAUUGCCUCAAAGCUGACUGGGACUUGACUGGAUCAAUCCACCAUGGGCCUGUGAGAUAGAUAGAACUCUGGCUGGUGACUUGUAAACAAGUUUGUCCAGACUACAUACAUACAAUCUGAUUGGGUUGCUUGCAGGUCAGGGCUCACUCCGGUGAGUGUCAGGGAAACGGCCAAAUAUCGGCUAAAACGGCUAAACGUUUGACCUGGAUCUUGUAGUGUUCUAGGAGCAUCUUCGCUCUGGUUUAUUUUAUGAUAAAGA